AGACGCUGUUGGCCACCCCGGGAUCCAAAGCUGGACGAAACCCCCCUCCUGUGCCGAAAAGCGAAAGCACCAACCCCAAGACUCCGGAUAUCCAUGCGAAUGCUUGAUCAUCAGGCCCACUUUUGCGAUGUUCAUUCUUUUUGCAUGACAGAUUUGACAAGUCCGAGUAGCUUCGCAAAAGUGCCUGCGAUCACGUCCUUCGGGUUCUAUACUCUACGUGGUCCGGGGAAGUGAUUUCCUGUCGAAGCUCAAGGCCAUGGCGAAGACUCCGGCACAGGGGCAGGCCGAAAAAAGCAUGGUCGUUGAGGCCGAUGUCAAUCCCGAUACUUUUCCGUUUUUGCACAAGGGCGAGGUGGGCGAUGAUAAAAACGGAAUUUACGGCCAUAUGAUCCGCAGUCCGGGCAAGAUCACUGAGCAACUUUGGUCGUACGGGGCGAAGAUGGUGGCCGCAGCGAAAGGUAAUUUGUUUCGCAGCAGACCGCUCCGUAUCAGUGAUGCCAUUUCCAAGGCGCAUAGCACUAAGCAAAUUAAAUCUGUUGAGACCGACCUUCGCGAAGAGAAACGCGCGACAUUAUUUCAACGCUUCGCAUGACAGAUUUCGACUUGAACUUCCAAAAUGUGUGGCUUCGCUCAUCUCUCCACCAUCGAAAUUCAGGUCGUGCUCCGGAUAUGCAGGGUUACAACCACUUUGCGAAGGGAAUGAGCGCGGCGGUCCUACCCUAUGUGAAGCAGCACAAGAUGAGCAUUUCGGAGAUCCUUGACCAGUAUUUUUUUCGUAAUCGCCUCGAUAUGCCUAUGGGAGUGCAAUCUUGAAGGCCGGGCGUGCCGUCAUAUUUUUUGCAUAUUUGAGCCCCUGCUUCGGGAAUGUUACAUAUGAUGACGUGGCGGAGUCUCUUUUGCAUUUGUGACAUUUCAUCGCAUCCCCACCUACACUCGAAUAACAGAUUCCACGAAGUAUUCCUGGCUACCGCUCCCAAUGCUGCGGAAAUCACCAAGGUGCUCAUGGACCUGUUUUUGGAGCUUAAGGAGGAGGACCCGUCCCUCGUCCUCAAGACAACCGACCUGCUGCCACACCUCCGGUCGGAGCAUAUAUCAGUUGGAAACUGGGGGUGAUUGUGUGAGCUCUUUCAUGCAUUUUGUGCAGCUGGGGCCUGGCGCUGCAAGACAAAAAGCAUGAGAGGCGCACUCUCAUCUUCCUGUUUGAAAAUCAUACAGCCUCGUGAAGAUUGCGGCCGCGAGCAAGAAAAAACUCGAGUUCGAAACUGUCCUGGACAGCGUGGUGACGAUGGCGAGUGGGAAAGGGGACAGGUUCGAGAUUAUGGAAAAGGUGAAUGUGGCUUUCAACAAUUCGCACAAGUUUAUGCGGAUCAAUUUCGACACGCUGAAGGAACAGCUCAACACGAUCCCCGCGGCCGACCGUUUGAAGCUGUCCUACUACACGGCUUUUUACGAGAAUUGCAAAAGAUUUCGAGUGGUGCCGACCAACUUCUUCUACAAAAAAUAUGUUUUGCGGGAUACCGAGGUGGAACUGCCAGUAUAUGCAUUGGAAAAACGAAAUCUUUGGGAGUUUGUCAUGCGUGUUUUCGUUGUGAUGCGCUUUGAUCCGCAGGCUGUCAUGCAGGGUUUGCAAGUCUUCGUAGACUCCUUGCACAAACGCCAUGACAAACUCCUCCGGGUUUCGUUUUUCAUCGCAUAUUGGUGACGACCAUGGCAUCGACUGCUUGAAGAACUUGAUUUCCAAAAUGACCAAGUGGGACACUUCUCUUUCCAAUUCCGGCAGCUCCUUCGACGUGUAUAGACUAUGUUUUUGCCUCUGGUUUUAGUAGUGCGCAUGUCUGCCUGUGGAGUUGGCUUCAUUCCUCGAUGUUGAGAUGAUUUGCAUGCAGAAGGACCGCCUAUUUUGCGCGCAACAGGGCAGGCUCUGUUGCUUGUUUUCCAAAUGUCAGUGUGCACGCGCCCCCAUCUUGGAUGGGAGGCGGGGCGGCAUCACGUUGCUUGAAAUGCAUUUCAACAACUGACCAGGUUCACCUUCGCCAAGAAGAUGGAGCGCGCGCACAAUUCCCUGCAGGACGACAUCGACCACGCGAACGCGGAAUUGCAGAAGAAAAACGACUUUCUCUACGCACUUCUGGAGUCGGCCGAUGUGCAGGCGGUCGAGGACAUGUGGACGGAGGGUGGCGACUACGACGAGACCCGGAAGGAGUUUCUCGAUUUUGUCAAAUCUAACGAUUAUUCGGAUAUGCGGUCCCAGUUUCAGUACGGAAUGGACGGGUCGCCCAUCAAGAACUACAUCAACAACAUGAUCAAGGACUCCGAAACUCUGAAAACCGAGGAAGAAGCGAAGGCGGCGUUGCAGCUGCUGCAGAAAAUGAAGGAUCAGGACACCCUCGAUAACAGUACUUCUUUUUGCUUUUGUACCUAGCGUGUCGCCUACCCUUUUAGCUACGCAGCACUUGUUUCGCAUGACAAACUGCCACUUGCUUCGUUUCCUACCUUGCGUUGUCAUCGCAAUUCCCAAUAUCAAAAUGCAUCACAGGCAACGACAUGGUGAAAAAAACGAUUUCGGAUCUGAAGCGAAUGCACUUCCUCCUCCCGGCGGCGGAGCGGGCGAAGUUUCAGGCCUUGGACGAGCAUUGCGCAGCGACGGCGGCGGAGAAGGCCCUGGAGGCCAGGCGCAGGAAAGGUCGUGGAAAGCUUGGAGCCUUGUGACGGUCUUCUGCGAACGAACUAGACAAGAACUUUUACUAACAUUUGAACGCGAUCAAAUACACGAUGCGAAAAACUGAUGGACUGUGACCGAACCGAUGGACAGCGAUUGGCCGGACACUGCGAAACUUUCUCUGACUUCAAAAUGAACUGCGCAAGGGGAUUUU